AUGGCCUCAUCGACCGGCAAGAUCGAGAUCCCAAAAUCCUCCGUCACCGUUGAUGUAUCAGUCAUCAAUAGCACGUCCUGGGUCGGCAAUGUCCCUCAUUGGUUCGUCUUUGAGCCAUUAUAUCCGGGGUUCGAAAGGAAUGGAGGCCCAACUUUCGUGUUUUACAUCUAUCACAAACCUUCAAACUCUCGACUCCUCUUCGACUUGGGGGUCCGGAAGAACUUUCGAACGCAUUUUAGUCCACACUUAAUGAAAGGGCUGGAUGAGAUCCACAUGCAAAUCAGCGUUGAGAAAGACGUGUCCGAAAUUCUGGUCGAGCAUGGCGUACAACCUGGCGAUAUUGAUAGCAUCAUCUUCAGUCAUCAUCAUUUCGAUCAUGUGGGUGACACUACCAAAUUUCCAGGCACCACAAGGCUAGUGGUUGGUCCAGGGUAUAAACAGAGAUACUUACCAGGGUGGCCUGAAAAUCCCGAGGCGGCAGAGACGACAAGUGAUACGUAUGAAGGAAGGGGAACUGUUGAGAUUGAAUUCGCGCCCAAUGAUCACCAGGUAUUGACGAUCGGGAAGUUCAAGGCGUACGAUUAUUUCGACGACGGGAGCUUCUAUCUGUUGAGCACUCCGGGACACACGGUAGGGCAUCUUUCCGCACUUGCGAGAACGACAUCCAGCAGUGAUGACGGUGGAGGUUCAACAUUCAUCUUCCUCGGUGGCGACAUCGUACAUUCCUGUAUGGUCUUCCGGCCGACUGAGAAGUAUCCACUCCCGGAUCAAAUCUCGCCCGCACCAAACAGUGCGCCGUUUUCGAAUAGUACAUGUCCAGGCGAUCUCUUUGCAUCAAUGCACCGAUUCCGCAACGAAGAAGAUGGUGAGAGGAAAUCACGGACCACCCCAUUCUGCUUGGUCGCUGGGCCGGAUGAAGACUUGGCCGAGUCUCAGAGGAGCACAGACGAGUUGGCAAACUUCGAUGGCGAGGACAAUAUCUUGACUAUAUUUGCCCAUGACGGGUCCUUACUAGACGUGUUGGAGUACUUUCCACAGAAGGCGAAUGAAUGGAAGAACAAAGGAUGGGGUCCGCAGGGACAUUGGCGAUUUCUAGAGCCUUUGAUGCAGUCCAAGAAGGAGGCUUCUCAUUUGUAG